GCCAGUUCACUGCUCGUUGCUAGCAUAUUAGCUGGCUAGUUAACUCUAUAGCAAAAGCUAGCAGUUAGCUUAUAGCGACUGCAUUUGCACUGUAACUCGCAGGUUUUGUCCCGCGGCGAGAUGAACGCCAUUUAAUGCUUAUUUAUUUUCCGUGAAGGUAUUUCCAGCUUCGAUAAGAGCGAACUCUUGGGUAAAACAGGCUUUUGAAGUGCGGGCGAUUCAUUGAGUUUCCUGGGAUGUGCUGCAGGAUUAGCAGGCGCUAGCUGGCCGGUUUUAUAUAUUAUUAUAUCAUUUACGUAGUGGCUCGUAGCGUGAAAAGCUAUUGUCUUUGCGUGGGUUUGACAAGGUGCCAGUGUAUGACAGAAGUUUGACAGAAGUAUUAAAGGAGAAGGAGAACACGGCUGUGUGUGUGUGUGUGUGUGUGUGUGUGUGUGUAUGUGUAUAUAUUAGCCACUUAAAACCCUGCUGCCUUCACCGUACAAUCAGAUUCUCGGUAUCUAUGGGUGUAUAAGUGUGUUCAUAUUUACUCCAGAUUCUGCUUGGGUUUACUGUUUAGGUGAAACAUUGAUUUGGGCUGAUUUGUAAGAUCCAGGGAGUUGGCAAACUAGCACACGACUAAAGCAGGUGUCUUUCUGAAGCACCUGUUAACUGGAUCGGAUCGGAUCGGAUCUGAUCUGAUCUUCACAGCAAAAACUCGGAUCUGUUUCUCAGAUUUCUGAGCUUGGGUUAAGCCAGUGUGAGCUUCGGUUCUAAUGUGGAUCGAGUGGUGAUGCUUGUAAGGAUUGAAGAAGAUCGUGAAGUUGAACAUGGCACCCAAAAAAAGACCAGUUCCUUUAAUCAUAGGCGGCAGUGCAGAAGUUCAGGCAACAGCUUCCAACCUAGGAGCUGCUUCAGAGGCCUAUCUUGAGACCCUGCAGAAGAAACUAGGGGAGCUGGACUUGGACGAGCAGCAGAAGAAGCGCUUGGAGGCCUUUCUCACACAGAAAGCUAAAGUUGGAGAGUUAAAAGACGAUGACUUUCAGCAUAUUUGCGAGCUGGGAGCAGGGAACGGCGGCGUGGUCAAUAAAGUCUGCCACAAGCCCUCUCGACUGAUCAUGGCUAGAAAGCUCAUUCAUCUUGAGAUCAAACCAGCAAUCAGGAACCAGAUCAUUAGAGAACUGCAGGUGCUGCAUGAAUGCAACUCCCCAUAUAUAGUGGGCUUUUAUGGUGCUUUCUACAGUGAUGGUGAGAUCAGUAUCUGUAUGGAGCAUAUGGACGGAGGUUCUCUGGAUCAGGUUCUAAAAGAGGCACGAAGGAUUCCAGAAGAAAUCCUGGGAAAAGUCAGUAUAGCGGUGUUAAGAGGUCUUGCCUACCUGCGAGAAAAACAUCAGAUCAUGCACAGAGAUGUCAAGCCAUCAAACAUCCUGGUGAACUCGAGAGGGGAGAUCAAGUUGUGUGAUUUUGGAGUGAGUGGUCAGCUCAUCGACUCCAUGGCCAACUCUUUUGUAGGCACAAGGUCGUAUAUGUCACCUGAGAGACUGCAGGGGACUCAUUACUCAGUGCAGUCAGAUGUGUGGAGCAUGGGAUUGUCUCUGGUGGAGCUCUCUAUUGGGCGCUACCCAAUCCCUCCCCCUGAUGCCAAGGAACUAGAGGCCAUUUUUGGCCGACCUGUAGCAGAGGGAGAAACACCUAGCACUUCCCCACGUCCCAAACCUCCAGGAAGGCCAGUCAGUGGACAUGGCCCUGUCAUGGCUAUAUUUGAGCUGCUGGAUUACAUAGUCAAUGAGCCUCCACCUAAACUGCCUCAUGGAGUCUUUACUGCAGAUUUCCAGGACUUUGUGACCAAUUGUCUAAUCAAAAAUCCUGCAGAUCGGGCAGACCUGAAGAUGCUGAUGAACCACACAUUUAUUAAACGCUCCGAAGUGGAAGAAGUCGACUUUGCAGGCUGGUUAUGCAAAACCGUUGGUCUGAACCAACCCAGCACUCCCACCCGGACGGCCGAAUAACCGAACAAGCAAAAACGCUCCGUUUCUUUUUUUCUUAUGGAAAUGUUCCAGCAUGUUUUAACCUGAUAUCUGUCUACCAGAUCUGCAGCAUACGAUCAAAUCUUAACACGUUUCCCAAUAAAGAGAAACAAAACAA